UAAACUACUCUUCUAUUCCAGAAAAUCCAUUUUGAAUUUCCGCUCUCUCUCAACCGGAAUUCCAUGCUUUUGAGAUUGUGAGGAAAGAUUGGAUUUUGAGCUUCAACCUGGAUGCUGUUUUUUCUCCCAGAACUUUUUCAAACUUCAGUAAAAAAGUUUUGUCAGCAUCAUGACAUCUUCAGUGCACGAUCCGUCUUCUGAUUCAGAUAAUGGUGGACCUGAUGAGCAGCAAAAGCAGUCGCAAGGCUCACAACCUCACAUCCAACACCCGCCUCCUGCAACUGGAACUGUUCUUCCUGCCAUGGCAUCACCAUCUGCUGAGUUCAUGAUGCCUCAUCCUUCAGUUGGAAUGGGACAUAACAUGGCUCAAACAGCAUAUGCGUAUCCACAUCCCUAUUAUGCCGGCAUGAUGGCAGCUUACGGUGGACAAGCUCCAAUCCCCCCUCAUUUGUUCGGGAUGCAGCAAGCUGGGGUGCCAUUGCCAUCAGAUGCAAUUGAAGAGCCUGUGUAUGUCAAUGCAAAGCAAUAUCACGGUAUCUUGCGGCGUCGGCAGUUGCGUGCAAAAGCUGAAUCAGAAAAUAAAUCACUCAAGAACAGAAAGCCCUAUAUGCACGAAUCUCGACACUUACAUGCUUUGAAGAGAGCUAGAGGAUGUGGGGGCCGAUUUCUUAAUGGCAAGGGCGACAAAGAUCAAAACAAGGAAGCACCUGCAGACAAUAACCCACAGUCAAUCACCAGUCCUGACCCGAAUAAAUUGUCCUCAGAUUAGAAAAACGCAUCUCAUGACUUCUUUGAAUGAUAUCCCAUCAGCUGGAGCCAGGACCUGUGCACGAUUCUGGCCCAUGCCGGCCUGGUGAUAGCUGAUUUCUGGUAGGCCAUGCCCAAUCUCACCUCAUAGGGAUUCUUUUCAGGUUUGUUGAAGAUUUAGCGAAUCUUGGUGAGAUGACUUGUGGAAGAUUUACACAUCAGUGAACUGGGAAUUAUAUCAGAAGCUCAUUUGAGGAUACAUAUGUAACAUUAUUGCUGUUAGUAAAGCUCUUGCUGGUGCAGGGAGUUUUCUUGCUUCCACUCUUCACAGAAGAAGAGCUGUGGUUUCUCAUAUACUGUUCUACCAACUGGAGCAGCUUCCUGAGAAGGGACUGACUGCCUACUGGAGCUCAACUAACCACCAUCGGUCAGUACCGCUUUUGGGUCAUGGGCUGCCGACAAGUGCUCCCUUUUCUCCAGUUGUAGUCUGUCUGAUGCCUAAAUGGACAUAUGUAAAAGCUGGGGUGGUCCGCUCAUCAGAUGGGCCACACAUUGCCUGGUUUUACUGUAUGUUCAUUUGGUAGCCACCUAAUGCACCACCCUGGUGUUCUAACACGUUCUGCAUGUAAAGGUGUGUUUCUUAAUCUUUGACAAUCAAGCCUACUCCCACGCAAGCUA